GGCGGCGCAUAAAAAUAGUAUAUCGGAACGUCAGUUUACGUGUACACAAUAAACGUACGGCAUAUCAAUAUUUAAUAUUUAAAUAUAAUUUGGAUUAGAUUGAAAUAUUAGACACCUUUCGUCGCUUUAACAGGAACUUUACACUUUUCUUUUUUAAACAAAGAUUUAUUAAUUGAUAAUUAUGACCAACUCUACACGGUAUUUCUGGGCAGCUGCAGUAUUCAUAUCUGUAUUAUUACUGCUUUUUAUUCUAUACUCGACGGUCUUACAAAAGGGGGAAGUACGAGAAGAAUUAUUUCUAGCUGCAAACAACGAUGACAGAUUAUUGCACAAUUUGAUAAAACAAAGAAAUGAACUUUCAACGAUGUUGAAUUCUGAAAGGAAAAGAGUUGGUCAGUUAGAAUGCGAGUCCAAGAAAGAUGCGAAUGAGGUAACUACCAAUACAGGCGGUUGGUGUCCGAAAGCAACAAAAACAGAACACGUCACCGAUGAAGGACUUGUAAAGACGUUGAUCAUUUUCUUUAAAGAUAAACACAUAGGAAGUUUUGGAGAUGGCCCUGGUGUUUACAAACAACGUAUACUGAAUUCCAGGAAAGUUAAGAGUUUCGAUGCAUAUGACGGUGCACCAUAUUGUGAAAUAACAAGUAAUGGUCAGGUUCAAUUUCUUGAUCUUUCAAUUCCACAGUAUGGAAUUCCAGUCUACGACUGGAUUUUGAGUCUUGAAGUUGCUGAACACAUUCCACAGGAGUACGAAAGUAUUUUUAUAGACAACAUUAUUAACCAUGCUCGGGAAGGAAUAGUUCUCAGUUGGGCAACACCCGGACAAAUAGGAUAUUCCCAUGUUAACAACAGACCGUUUGAGUAUGUUCGUAAUUUGAUGAAUUCACGAGGAUUUUUCCAUGACAAUGAAUAUUCGGAAAUACUGAAACGAAGUGCAAAUGGUCCAAAUCUAAAAAGAAAUGUAAAUGUGUUCCGGCGGAAGGAAACAUCGAUAGAGUGCAAGAUGCAUUUGGCUUAAUGUCCUGUGACGUAUAGAAACUGUUAGUCUUUAUCAGUUCAGUAGUUUCAAACUGCAUCGUCUGUAGUUUCCUUGCUUUCAGUUCUUACGAAGACGACCCAUAGUGUUCGUUUGAUAUUUGUUCAGGGCAUGUGUUUUUAGCUCAUCUGAUUUUUUGAAAAAAAAAUGAUGAGUUAUUGUCAUCACUUGAGCGGUUGUCGGCGUCGGCGUCGGCGUCGGCGUUGCCUGGUUAAGUUUUAUGUUUAGGUCAGCUUUUCUCCUAAACUAUCAAAGCUAUUGCUUUGAAACUUGGAAUACUUGUUCACCAUCAUAAGCUGACCCUGUAUAGCAAGAAACAUAACUCCAUCCUGCUUUUUGCAAGAUUUAUGGCCCCUUUUGGACUUAGAAAAUAUCAGAUUUCUUGGUUAAGUUUUAUGUUUAGGUCAACUUUUUCUCUUAAACUAUCAAAGCUAUUGCUUUAAAACUUGCAACUCUUGUUUACCAUCAUAAGCUGACCCUGUACAGCAAGCAACAUAACUCCAUCCUGCUUUUUGCAAUAAUUAUUGCCCCUUUUGGACUUAGAAAAAUCAUUUUCUUGGUUGAAUAUUAUGUUUAAGUCAACUUUUCUCAUAAACUAUCAAAGCUAUUGUUUUAAAACUUGCAACAGUUUUUCACCAUCAUAAGUGUACACUGUGCAUCAAGAAACAUAACUCUAUCCUACUUUUUGCAAGAGUGAUGGCCCUUUUUAGACUUAGAAAAUCAUGGGUAGGACAAUAUUUCUAUUAUACAAAAAAAAUCAGAUGAGCGUCAGCACCCGCAAGGCGGUGCUCUUGUUUAACUUAUUCCUACAAGUUAUCAAUCUAAUCUGUAAUAUAGAAUUUCUUAACGAAUAUUGCUGCUAAUUUAGGAAUAUUCAGAUAUAAACCUGUUGUCUUUUCAAAUUUUCUAUGAGUGUUGAAGGAUCUUUUGAACUUUUAGAAUAUCUUUAAUAAUGUAAAUUUUGUUGUCAAUAAUGUAUUUUUACAGUGUGCAAAAGAUGUUCAAAAAUGUCAAUACCCUCUUUCAGUCUAUGUAUUUUCACAACAUUUACACUGAUAGGCGGAGCAAAUACACUGCUUCAUGUAGUGUAGCUAAUGGUCUAACAGAUAGUUAAUAAGUGCACAAGAAAUGUUGCCAAAGUGCAGUUAGAUAUAUGGCUGACAUGCACCUAAAUUAUGGUACCAUUUGAAGGGGAAGAAAACAAUGUUUAAAUCAAGUACGAUUUGCUUUUUAUAGUGCACGGUUUUUAAUUGUCAAACUGCAUAGAAACUUACAUAGGCUCUGUAGACAUGUUUGCAACCACAAACUGAAAUUCAUUUUGAAUGAAGCAGUGUGCUGUAAUCUAUGACUAAGUCUUUACAUAGUAUUCAUGAAUAACAGAAGGCCAAGAAUGGCAUACAGAAAGCAAAGUUUGAGGCAGAAAUAAGAAUGAAGAAGGUUAAUUAUACAUUAUAAUUAUGGUAUACCUCCUGUUUUAGAUUUUGAGCACACUCUGUACUACUGUUUGCAGAAUUUUAAACGAAGAAUUAAUCAUGAUUAGUAAUUUUUAUCGGAAUUUCUAAAAGUAAUUUGAAAAUAUAAGAUAAUUCAAAAUUAAGGAAAUCAUCCAGUUGAAAACACAACAUAAAUAAUGUCAUUCAAAUAUGAUCGGCUUCGGACAGGCAAAUAUUAUGUCAGUUUUUGAAGAGGCACGUCUUCUUUCAUUGAAACUAGCGUUAAGUGAAGUGAAGUCAGUGGAAAUAUCAUAAUGAUAUUCUUCUUGUUUUGCUUCAUUGAAGGAUAUUAAGGCUAGUGACACUGAAACAUUUUUUUAACAGUCCUUGUUUGUAAAAGUUUUGGAAUUGGCAACAGACAUUUGUAAAUAAAUAAAAAUCAUAGAAAUGCAGUCAAAAUCCUGUCAAAAUAUUAGAAAGAGGUUCUCCCUGUUGUAUUAGCUUACCUGAGCAAAAAGUGCUCAUGAUGUACUAGGAUACUUGGAUGUCCAUCGUCAAUUUUUCAUUGUCUACAAUUUCUUUCAAGGACAUUGCCUUCUUAACCUUUUUGCCAGUUUCAAGCAGACUUCACAGGAAUGUUUCUUUCUUUGUCCAAUUUCAAAAUCCUUUACAUCUGGAUCACCCCAGCAGAAUUCUUGUUUUGCCAUGCCAGCCAAGAAUGAAACAUUUCAAAAGAUACUCAUUUUAGAAAGAGCUCAUCCGAUUUUGAUAUAGCAUCACAAAUAUGUUCAUUGGGUGACCCUCUACCUAAUUCCUACAAUCAUUUUGUUUUGAUAAAAACAUGUUGGCAGAAGUGGUUUUUAAUAUAUGUUUAUGGCUAUAAAGGAAACUUUGAAUAGGAUCUUUUUAUUCUAUCUAUCUAAGAAUUGCAUUCUUUUACUGCUUUUACAGUAUUUUGUUAUACACUUUCACAAAACUUGUUUCAUUUUAAGUGUAUUGAAAAAAAAGGUUUUUUUUGUUGUUUUUUUUUCAAACGAAUUUCUCCUGCUAUGUCAACGAUGUAAACAGGGUGUUAUCUUAUUCGCACCAAAAUAACUUAUCAAUAAAGUAUCAUCAUUCA